AUGGUGGCAAAGAGAGGGAAGAUGAUCUGGACUGAGGGGGUGGAGUUGCCAGAAGGCAGGACACCAGACAAAAAGGACAGUGCCAAGUACCUGGGAAUUCCACAAGCCAACAGAAACCAUGAUGAAGAUGCAAGAAGUUCCUGGUCUCAGAACGGUGCGUCCCACCUGGUCCUGGUCCCUGAACCCCAGCUCUCAGUUCUCCUUCAAGACUGGCUCGGUGAACUGCAGCUCCAUAUAUUCCCCACCCAGAAAGCUGGAGAAAUUCUCUCCUUGGAUUCCAGAUCCAAACUGCCGAGCACAGAAAGAAAAUGCUACAACAGAUCCUUACGACAGGUGUUUACAGCAGUGAUGAAUGCUCCAGACCAGUUAGGCUGUGAUAAUAGGCCACACAGUAGUGAUGAGGACCUCCGUGGGGAUUACACAUCCACUCAGGAUUUGCAAGUGCUGUUUAUAGAAACUGAUGUGUGUAUGUCUUCUUGUCUUGAUGGUAGCCUGGGGACCCAGGAAACGCUGCCUGAAAGGCAGAUCCAGAGAGCUCGUCAACUGUCAGACUCCUUCAAGAGACUGGAGCCAUUGGUCCUAGCCAAAACAUAUAUGUGGAUGGUACUUAUCUUCAUCACAUUGGACGGGGAUCGUCAGAGCCAGCAACAGUGGGAGAAGGAGCUGCAGCAGCGAGAGAGGAGGCUCAAACAGCAGGAGAAGGCCCUGGGGAGGCUCCCUGGGCUCAAGGAGUUGCUCCAAACACACAUACAGGCUGCCAAGGAGAAACACCAGCUAGAAAUUAACCACCUGCAAGAUCUUCUUCAAGAGAUGAACAAGGAGAACCGGAGGCUUAAGUCCAGCUUUAACACCAUCACGGAGCUGAAUGAGAGCAUGAAGAAACAGUUGAAUGAUAUUUGUAAGCACAAUAAGAAGUUGUAAAUCCAGGCCAAGAGGGUGCAGGCUCGACUUGACAAUCUACAGAGAAAAUAUGAGCUCAGUGUGGCAUUGAAAGGCAGCCAGAAAGUGUGCAUGAAAAGUACAGAGUGCAUUAAACAACCCAAGAAGGAGAACACUGUUACCUCCAGAAAAACUAGCACCAAGUGCAGCUCAACUCCCACCUCUCCAAAGUUGCUGGGACUCCUAUUGGAUUGGAUACUUGAUGGACACAUGUUCUCAUCAGUCAUGGGAAAAAUAGGAACUGAUGUAGGCCAACAUCUGCCUCCUGAAGUCCUGCUAAAUGAGCGAUGUCUCAAGGUGUUGCCAUUAUUGGCAGAUCAGCUUCACUGCACUCCUUUGUCAGAACCUGGUCUUCUCCUUAAUCUUCUUCGCCUCAUCUACUGGGUUUUGAGACACCUGGACAACAAUGUACAGCAUGUAGCACUGUCUGCCACUCUGCAGCGUAUAGGAGAAGAAAUAUCAAAGCCCUUGGCUGGGUUAGUGGAACCACAGUCUGAAGAUCCAGACGUGCCAAAGUCCUUCAGCGGGGGUACUGGUGGACCUUUCAGGAACCAGCCACUUUACCUCAGCCCCUGUUCUCACACACGAAUCCUCUCCACUCUCAUCGUUCUUCGUGCAGUCCCACAAGCUGAUGUGUUGGCUCAGGCUCUGGACUGCCUCCACACAGAGCUGAUGUCUUUGGACCACAGAGGCCUCUUCAUCCACUACGGAGGGGUGUGUGCUCUGCUGGCAGUGUUUCGGGCCAACUGUGGAGGGCUUGACACACCCAUCGACAUUCUGAUGCAACAGUCCUGUGAACAUUCACGCCACCUAACUCCUUUCUUGGAGGCAUGUAGCUUUGAGGAAUUUUUCAGAACAUUCUCCCAGCUGCUUAAAAAUCCACGUCUAGACCUACCAUCGAUGGAGAAGCUCUCAGUGCUGCUACAGAAGCUUUCCAGUAUCAGGAAAAAUCGGCGUCUCUUUGAGCUUUCUUCCCUCCACCUCCAACUACAGGAAAUUUAUCACAAAACGGACCACACAAACACUUUUCUCUGUCUCAACCUCAGGUCCAUUUUAAGCAAUCUUAAAUAA